UUACCGGAGGCUCCUUUCACAACUUACCAAGGGUCAGCUUCCCUCGAGCAUGUACCAGCUCGGAUCUCUGUUCUCCUCGCCCCGGCUGGCGUGAACCUGGGAGGCCCCCCAGGCAGCCUGCAGCAUGAUCUCCAUCACCGAAUGGCAGAAGAUUGGCGUGGGCAUCACCGGCUUCGGCGCCUUCUUCAUCCUCCUGGGAGUGCUCCUGUACUUCGACUCCGUGCUCCUGGCCUUUGGGAACCUGCUGUUCCUGACCGGCCUGUCCCUCAUCAUCGGCCUGAGGAAGACGCUCUUCUUCUUCUUCCAGCGGCACAAGCUCAAGGGCACCAGCUUCUUCCUGGGGGGGGUGGUCGUGGUGCUCCUGCGCUGGCCCCUCCUGGGCAUGUUCCUGGAGACCUACGGCUUCUUCAGCCUCUUCCGGGGCUUCUUCCCUGUGGCCUUUGGCUUCCUGGGCAAUGCCUUCAACAUCCCCUUCCUGAGUGAGUAAUGACUCUCGGCUCCCACAGCUGUUCCGGAGGUUCCAGGGCUCCAGCUCGAUGGUCUGAGCCGCAGAGAUGAGCUCCUUGAACUUGGAUCACUGGCCGAGGGGCCUGGAAAGGAAAUGGGGCCACCCUCUCAGGCCCCCCCUCCUGCGCUGACGCACCUCCCCGCGCCCCCGGGCCUCUCCGCGUCCAGCAGGAAGGAUGGCGCCAGGUGACUGACCUCAGGUUCCCUUGUUGGGAGCAGAGCUGCAGGGCCCCCCAGAGCUGGGCCAGGGGCCGGGACCACACCCCGCUCUGUACGGGAGGGAAAGCAAAGAUUAAAGCCCAAGCUGUGCGUGUGCGAGAGAGACUC